AUGCCAUGCAGCCGGCACCAAAGAAAAAUCAACAUCGUGUGUAAGAAAAGCGUGCGUGCCUUGGGCGGUGAGUGGCUUCUAUGCCGCGAGCAGGUGGAGCGGGACGGCCGAGUCUGGGCUUGCCGGCUGCGAGGUGGAAGCGCCGAGGGACUCCGUCGGCCCGACACCAGGUGCCCAGAGGCCGGAGGUCCGUGCGCCCCGGCCGCGGCCCCGGCCCGGGCCCAGCCCCGCGCCCCUCGCCAUGGGCCUGGCCCUCGCCCGCGGGCCCUGAGCAUGGAGCGGGGCUGGCCGCCGGGGGACAGCUGCAGCCGGGAGCGGCCCGCCGUCUGCCGCCGCGCCCUCAGCGUCUGCGACUCGCUGGACCUGCACGGCGCCCCGGCCGGCCGCGCCGCCGCCGCCCUGCAGGCCGCCCUGAGCGCCGCGCGCGAACAGCCGGCGCGGCCGCGGAGCGCCCGGCUGGACGCGCUGCGCCAGGCUCGCUGCACCAAGAAGAAGGGAGCUCGGCCCCACGCCCGGCGCCGGGCCAGCGCGACAUGGGCCCAGAGGGGCGGGGGCGUGCAAGCGCUCGAGGCCCCACCGUCCACCUCUCCUCGCCCCCUCCCUUCUCGUAGGCCCCAGCCCCUGGGCUGCGCGCUCCUCGCGCCCUCGCUCUUUCAGUCUCGAAAGGGCGCCGACUUGGACAGAGAGAAGAAGGCUGCCGACUGCAAGGUGGACAGCAUCGGGAGCGGCCGGGCCAUCCCCAUCAAACAGGGCAUCCUGCUGAAGCGGAGCGGCAAGUCCCUGAACAAGGAGUGGAAGAAGAAGUACGUGACGCUCUGUGACAACGGGCUGCUCACCUACCACCCCAGCCUGCACGAUUACAUGCAGAACAUCCACGGCAAGGAGAUUGACCUGCUGCGGACCACAGUAAAGGUGCCAGGAAAGCGCCUGCCCCGCGCCACCCCUGCCACAGCCCCAGGCACCAGCCCCCGGGCCAACGGACUGGCCCUGGAACGGAGUAACGCACAGCUGGGUGGGGGCGCAGGUGCCCCCUACUCCGCCAGCAACUCGGCCUGGGCUGGCCCUCGCCCCGAGGGGCUGCACCAGCGCUCCUGCUCUGUUUCCAGCGCCGACCAGUGGAGUGAUGCCCUGCCCCCAGCCAGUGGCCCAGCUGAGGUGCUCAGUUCCAGCCCCAAGCUGGAGCCUCCCCCAUCUCCCCACUCCAACCGGAAGAAGCACCGGCGGAAAAAGAGCACCGGGACCCCCCGACCAGACGGCCCCAGCAGUGCUGCUGAAGAGGCAGAGGAGUCGUUUGAGUUUGUGGUGGUGUCCCUCACCGGGCAGACGUGGCACUUCGAGGCCUCAACGGCAGAGGAGCGGGAACUGUGGGUCCAGAGUGUGCAGGCCCAGAUCCUCGCCAGCCUGCAGGGCUGCCGCAGCGCCAAGGACAAGACUCGGCUGGGGAACCAGAACGCGGCUCUGGCCGUGCAGGCCGUCCGCACUGUUCGCGGCAACAGCUUCUGUAUCGACUGCGAUGCCCCCAAUCCAGACUGGGCCAGCUUGAACCUGGGUGCCCUGAUGUGCAUUGAGUGCUCAGGGACCCACCGACACCUGGGGGCUCACCUGUCCCGGGUCCGCUCCCUGGACCUCGAUGACUGGCCGCCUGAGCUGCUGGCUGUCAUGACUGCGAUGGGCAAUGCCCUGGCCAACAGCGUCUGGGAGGGGGCCCUGGAUGGCUAUGCCAAGCCCGGGCCUGACGCCUGCAGAGAGGAGAAGGAGCGCUGGAUCCGGGCCAAGUACGAACAGAAGCUCUUCCUGGCCCCGCUGCCGAGCUCGGACGUGCCGCUGGGCCAGCAGCUGCUCCGGGCCGUGGUGGAGGACGACCUGCGGCUGCUCGUGAUGCUUCUGGCACACGGGUCCAAGGAGGAGGUGAACGAGACCUACGGCGAUGGGGACGGGCGGACGGCUCUCCAUCUCUCCAGCGCCAUGGCCAAUGUCGUCUUCACACAACUGCUCAUCUGGUAUGGGGUGGACGUGCGGAGCCGGGACGCCCGGGGCCUGACUCCGCUGGCCUAUGCCCGUCGGGCCGGCAGCCAGGAGUGCGCAGACAUCUUGAUCCAGCACGGCUGCCCCGGGGAGGGCUGUGGCUUAGCACCUACCCCCAACAGAGAGCCUGCCAAUGGCACCAAUGCCUCUGCUGAGCUGCACCGAAGUCCUAGCCUUCUCUGAGGCUCGCGGACAGGGCAGAGGGGCCAGGAGGACUUCUGUGGCCUGGGGCCCCUCCUCCCGACAGGCACUGGGGGGAGCCAAGACACAGAGACUGAGAAGCAGGGACGUGCAGAAAGGAAGGAGAGGAAAUGAAGAGUCGUCAAAGCAGAGAAGAGCUAAAUGGGAGAGACAGAGGGACCAGAGGAGACCUCUGGGAUUUGAGCUGCAGCAGAGAGGGAGUGGAGCUCUUCCAGCCCUCUGCCCUACGGUGCCACUGGAAAGGGACAGGACCCUUCGGAGGUACCUGUGAGGAGAGGGGAGCAGGACCUCGCCCUCCUCCAGAUUCCUGCCUUCUCCUGCCAGCCCCCUGCCAGCCUUCGUCCUAGAACGGAGCCGGGACGGAUAGGGCACAGGUUGGGGGGCGGGGUGGUGCUGGAGGAAAGGAAAGUGAUCUGUGAGUCCCAUGUAAAUUUGUACAUUGGAAUAUUUAUGUUUGUGUACAUACCUGGUGUGUGUGUAUGAUGAGCCAGUAAACCAGACUGUGUGUGGC